AUGAAGUUUUCAUAUCAUAAAAUAUAUUCAGCUUCUAUCUUCGCUUUAUUUAUUUCCUAUAAUCCAGUACAAUGCUUGUUCAAGCAUUCACCAGAACAACUUAUAAACAGCCGUUUAUUUUACCUUGAACCAGCACGAACUGCCUUUUCUCCUAAUGCUGAACCCGUAACCUAUCCUGAUAAAUGUAAAUUAACACAGUUACAUUUGAACGCCAGACACGGAUCAAGAUUUCCAGAUCCAGUUGAUACUAAAGGGUUUGACAUGUUAGAAAUAGCAUUCGCUAAUGUUUCUGUUACAAAAGAAUAUUAUAAAAAUGUUUUCCCAAUGAAGAAAAACUUUCAAUUAAUCAAACGAGGAGAAAUAGAACCGUUUUUUGAUGGCAUACAGUCUCGUAAAAGAUAUGCAGAAUUUUGGGAUGAAGUUGUAUAUGAUCCCGAAGUUAUAAAAUUUCAAAGUUCUGCUACUUCAAGAGCUGGCGCGUCGGCAAUGUCAUUUUCUGAAGGUUUAUUUAAUGGAAAAGGUUCUGUAGACAAGGCUAAAAUUCAACCCGUAUACAUUUCGUCUGUGCCAGAUACUCAAGAUUCGGUGUUACUACCAUACGUUUCCUGCCCGCGUUGGAUUGAGACCGUUUUGACUAAUAAUGACUUACUCGACGAACAACUUUAUGCCUAUGGCAACAAUACUCUAGCAUCAAUUGCUAAACGUCUUACUACAGAACACGCUAUUGAUCCACCUCUUGAUCCAGCUUUAGUGCCUUUUGUCUUUACUAAUUGCCAAUUUUGGGUCACUCAUUUUAAUCGAGCUGACACAUGGUGUUCAUUACUAAGUCCUGAUGAGCUUAUAUUAGUACGAUACCAUUACGAUAUUCUCGGAUAUUAUAUAUUACAAUAUGGCCAUCCUUUUGCUAAGAAACUGGCCUGUGGAUAUAUUACUCAACUCGUAAAUGGGAUUGAUAGCUAUAUAAAUGGGUCCUCUACUGUGAUGGCUGAUUUAAAGAAUUCUCAUGGAUACACUAUACUUUCAACGCUUACUGCAUUGGGAUUGUUUAAAGAAGAAGUCCCACUUACGGCAAAUUUUACCCUCGAACAAAUUAAAAACGUCAAAUUUACAGAAAUAAUAGCUAUACAUUGGUCUUCUACGCUUUAUUUCGAAGUUUAUACUUGUGAAGCUGGCCAAACAAAGAUACGAGUGUUGCUUGAUUUUGUACCGUUUGUUAUUCCGGGUUGUGAAAGUGAAUAUUGCGACUGGAACAAGUUUAAAGAGUUACUUAGUGAUCAGAUUGGGUGCGAUUUUGCGGCGAUGUGCGCUUAUCCAUAA